CCAUGGCUAUUGAGCGUAUUAUGACCAAAGGAUGCACGGUCUUGGACCGGCCUGGCACCGCGUGGCUUCGGAAAGACGACGUUCCUGACCAUGCUGCGUGAGUUUCCUGUCGGCAGAAUCAGUCGGUACCAAAAGAAAAACGCCUCCAUGUCUUCAAAGGACUAUGAACUAUUUCACCGGAACCAGCCGUUUGUCCACGAGCAUUUCGCAAGGUAUCCCGUGUUUUACAUGGAUUUUAAAACUGUGGAGGUGAACAGCCCCGACGAGGCCUUCUACACUAUAGCGUCAAAGAUUAUCGAGAUCUCUCGCCCUUACAUAUCGCUACUCAAGACUCAUCUCAGCGAUAAAAGGCUGUGGAACGACAAGGGGCAGUUUUAUUCGGUAGAUGAGAAGGUUUCCCUCAUCAACAGUACCCUGGAAAAGUAUGAUGGCCUGUAUGACUUUGCGCGCCCGUAUGCCAAAAUGGAAACCCGUCAGUUUUUGCCACAGCUCAUGUCUGUUCUCAGCAAAUAUCCAGGUGGAGCCAACUCGGUUAUCAUCAUCGACAACUACGAUACGCCCGGCUACCAUGCGAUUACCAAGCUUGUUGGAUACAGCAAUGGUAUUGCUGACACGCUUAUGCGGGACCAGAUAUUGCACGAAUUUUCUGCAUUCUACAAUGAGCUAUUCAAGAACAACAGCUAUUUGAAGAUUGGCGUCCUGGCUGGUGUAUAUAACAUCCCGCUCUACCACAAGAGGCCUGGCAGAAGUGAUUACAAAGUAUUCCAACCUCACCACGGGGUUGGUUCUUCCUCAGACUCUUCUAACCCCUUUGAUGCUGCAUUUGGUCUAUCCGAAACCGAAGCGUGGGAUCUCAUAUGCGACCAUGUCGAGCGACAUAGCGCCCGCUCCACUCCAGCCUUUAAGCUUCAAUUCAAAAAGGACCUGAUGUCGUACAUAUUCAAAACCGUCAACCACAACACCUACGGGACCAAGCAGUACUGCUUCAACACGCGCUCAGUAAUUCGCUUCAUCGAGGCCAUUGAAGGAUACGAACACGCUGGCCCAGAUCCAGGGCUCGAUUUUGGACCACCAGAUUCCGCUGCGCGAAACUUUAGAUACCAACUCGCUGCAUAUAGUCGAGCCCCAGAGAUUCCGACAGCUAAUUGAGGGGCCAAUCCUCGAGUACAUGACCCGCCGUCUAUAUCAUUUCGGCAGCCUGUCAACCGCAGGCACGCUGGAGACAGAGAUCCAGUCUGAGGGCAUAUCGAUGCUCAGUCAGAGUGCCUUCACCAGUGUACCGUUCAUGAUAGAUGGCGACGCACUCACCAGCCUGGUGCACAUGUGCCUAUCCGUCGACCAAAGCCGCAUAUGGGAAUGUAGCGCUGCUGGACUGUGCCUAGAAUCGGCGUUCAGCCAGCUAUAC